AGUGUGCUAUUCUGAACUUCUCCGCCGUCCAAGGACGGGUCUUCGAUCCUUCCUCUUGGGGCCGGGAUUUAUUGGGUAGCAUAGUUCUCUUCACGCCAUUUUAUUUUAAUUUUUUCUUAAUAGUUUUCAAUGAAGUCUUCAUCAACAAUUCUGCUGCGUUCAAAGUCUUUCGAGCUUUCAUGGAUUUCAAAAGGAAACAAUGGGGUUUUGAAGGUUUUAGAGAGAUUCAAAGGUAGGAGCAAUUGGAUACUCUUGCCUGAAGAGGCUAUUAAUUGGGUGUGUUCUUCAACACUUGAAGCUAUAUAGAUCCUACUUCAAAGAUUUCUCCUAAAUGGACAAGAAGGUUUAAUCAGGUCGUCAUUCUAAUAGAGUUGUUAUCCAAUUCUUUUGGUUUUUUCUUAAAGAUUUCACGAACGGAACCUUUGAAACACGUCAAAUCAAGGUUCGUUUGUAUUCCUAGUGGAAAUCAGGGAUCCAUUUGAGGAAGUUUUUGGUCUUCUGUUAAGCCAGCAACUCCUUCAUAUGCUAAAGACCCACCUCCAAUCGAUUCUUCCCCUGUUUUGAAUUCUCAAGCACAGGAAAAACAAGUGGAGGAGGAAAUGGAUAUGUAUGAGGCUUAUACUUUGGGUAUCACAGUGGUGGUUCUUAAUUCUCAUAGAGGUUGGAAUUCCAUUGCUAAUGGAAUCUCCAAGAAAUUUAAAUUGGGUCUUCGUGGUAUUAAUGGGAGAUUGGCAUUCUUCAUGGCUAAGAAUGAGUCUGAUUAUAAUAUUUUUAAGGAGGAAAAAACAGUAACUUUAGGAAAAUGUAAAGUAAUAAUCCGUCAUUGGGUUCCUGAUGAUUCUCUUAUUAGAAAUGUUACUCAUACAAGAUUUGUUGAUUCUGUUUUUUGGAUUGGAAUUAGAGGACUACCGUUCCAUUUUUGGGAGUUGAAUUCCUUCAAAGAAAUUUGUAGUCCAUGGGGUAAGGUGCUCGAAGUUCAUCACUCUACAGUUAACUUUACUAAGUUAAACUGUUGUAAGGUAAAGGUUCAAGCUACUUUGGCAAUGGUUCCUGCUGCUGUUCUCUACAAUGACGUGUGGUUAAGCCUUGAAUGGAUGCAGGAUCACUUAAUUGACGGAGCUCAAGCAUAUGAGCAUGCCAAUAUUUAUGCUAAACCUGUUAUUCGCUCGGUAAUUUCGCAGGAUACCGCGGAAGUAUUGGAGUCUGAUUCUACUCCUGUUUCUCGGAAAAUCACCCAAGAUUUUCAAAUUCAAAUAGUGACGGAAAUUCCGCGCUAAGAGAUUUAAAUAGGGUUUGGAAUAGGGUGUCUGACAGAAGGUUAGGGGGGAGCCACUUUGAUAAAGAGACCUUCGUCUCUUGUUCACCUCCAGAGCCCGGGCCUAUUGGGAUAGAUGGUAAUCCACACCCCUGGAUAACAGUGUGAAAUAAAAAGAAGGGUAAGGGCCGUGACAGGAACACGUCUAAGUCGUUGGAUACGUCCUCGAACUCACGAUCUUGUAAUGAAUCCAUUCAUCCUAUGCCGUGGGUUGUUUCUUCUGGAUCAGCAAAUUGUGUAUCUUCUACACAUGGAUCGAAGGAAUAUACUAAUUAUAUCUCUUCUUCAACUUCAACUAUUGAAGCUCUUUCAACAACACCUUCCAAUACAGAGAAAAAGGAAUAGAGGCUAAGGUUGAUUAUCACAUAAAUUUCAACAAAAUUAUUGGAAACCCAACUAAUUUUCCCAACAUGAGAACUGUUUUCCGAGACCUAAUUGUUCAGAAUGAUUCUGUUGCUGGUACUAAUGGUGGUUUUGAACACGAUGAUGCUGAUGGGCUUGGUGAAUUUGAUUUUGAGUAUGAUUCGGAAGGGGAUGAGGCACGUAUUGAAGCCGUAGGAACUGAUGUGGAGGAAGAAUCAACAGAGGUUUUGCGGCGAAAUUGGUUAAAAAUACGGCGUUUGGAGCUCCGUUGACGGUAUACCGGA